CUUCAAUUUUAGAUGUAAGUAUAAAUACAAAGUAGGAGAAACUGGUGCCAUAAUUCGACAAAGCGCCUGUGAGUUAGUUGCUCGUUCUUGGGUUGGAUGCUUUUUUGCGCAUUAAAAUCCAUCAAGAUAUUGAUGGCAAGACAAGUAUACUUCAUCGUAAAGCCAAUAAUUGCUUCCUUGAUAGUGGUCCUCAACGUCAUUGAAAUUGGACUGCUUGUCAAACAUUUCAAAAGACAUAAAGCAACCACCGUAUGCAGACAUGCUAUCCCUAUCAUAUUAAUGGCAGAUCUUGCCCUAUCUGAUCUCCUGGUUGGAGUUGCAUUCGUUAUUGAUAUAUGCAUCAAUGAACUCAUUCGGAAAAAGAUUAUUUCCAUUAAUAGGACGAAUCUACAGAUUUUGGUUCUAUUCCGGGUAGUGAGUCUCGAUCUAUCAAUGUUUGCAUCCUGCUUCAAAACUAUCUUGCUAACCUUGGAUAGGCUAUUUGCAGUUCGGUUUCCUCUAGCCUACCGAUCACGAGCCAGAAACAAACAUGCAUUUGUCCUUGCUUUGAUCACGUGGGUGUUGUCAGCAGCACUGAUUUUUGUCCCGCUUCCCAUCAUAUUAUUUAAUAAUAGCAUUGAUUCUUUUUGGUACCACAUUAUAUCUAUUGCAACUACUGUGCUAGUGGCAACUUUUACGCUUCUAGUUUGCAAUGUAAUGAUAGUGAAAUCUGUGCGCAAACAGGGACGAGGGUUGAGAGGUAUUGCAAAUAAUUCUGGCUGCUACAGCCGCAAAAGAAAAAGUCACGUCAACAUGACACCGACCCAGAGUAGCAGUGACAAGGUUGGCUUUGAGCAUACCACAGUGAUUGUUAGGAAUUCGGACAACUCGAUCAGACCCUUGCAUAUUGUGAAAAGAGAGCUCAAAGUUUUUCGGCUUCCACUGACUCUUGUUAUUGCAUUUAUUGUUUGUUGGUUGCCCAUAGCGCUUUAUAACCUCAUUUUUGCAAUAGAUAAAGGCUUUAAUUUCAAUGUAAGGAGAACAGUGUUUCUCUUCGCUAUUUCAAACUCUGCGAUAAAUCCUCUGAUCUACCUUUGCAUCGGAGCAAAGAAAAGUCUUCUUUUUUGCAUUUGUAAAAAUCAUUGCUUCUUAUCAGGACGGAAACGGCCAGUCAAUGACGAAAAACCCUGUUCUUCUAAAGCCAGCGAUGCUACUUAGAGCUGCCAAGUUGGAUAGGCGAGUGACCUUUCAAAUUAUAUCAUCUUGCCAGUAGACAAAGACAAUCAAGUUUGGCUGAUGAUACAGGCACGCACUGAUUUCUGAUUGUGUAUGUUAGAUAAUUUCAAAUCACAUGCUUUGUAGAAAUUCGUUUUGUAGAUAUUAUUUUGCGCAUAAUGUACAUGUUUCAACUUAGACUAAAGAGCGUGACCAUUAUUUUCACCCAGUGCUACUGGCUACAGUAACUUUGAUCUAUAUUGGCAUCUCACCAGCCUAACCUUUUCUAUAUGCUUUAUUGCUCUUCAACCAUUGCGUAAGAACUUUUCUAGUUCUUAAACACAGUUUAUAAGAUAUGCAGCUAAGCAGUUCAAAGCACAACACAAAUACAAAUAAAGAAGACCACAAACAACAAAUUUUGGUAGAUUUUGCAUAGGCAGUGCUUCUAUGACAUUGCACUUUGCUUCGUUGUAAUCUAGGACAGGCAGCCUUGACUGUGCUUUACAUAUGUAUUACAUUAUCAUAUUUACAGACAGAGUUCACAACGUUACGGUUAAACCUUGGGGUCAAUUUUAAUAUAUCUAUCUGCAAUGCUGUUGCUGAAAGACUGAUCUCUUUUUUCAAUCGCCCCCCCCCCCCUCCCUUCAAAACCUUCAGCCUCCAAAUCUUACCCAAUUAUAUUGCAAAUCCAUUGGAAAAGAAACAGAAAAUGAUCCUUUUGGUAGCAUGGUUGUGGUAUAUUGACAGAAUAAGAAGUCUAUCAAAGUUAAAAAUUUUCCUGGCCAAAGUCUAAAACCCGUCUUCUUAUUCUAAAAAGAAUUUGAUACAAAUUUUGUUGUCCUGGUCUAUAAAUUGUGGGCUAAGAAUUUUGUAUUUACCGUUGUUGUUCUCGUAUUUUAAACAUCGUGUCGUGGUAGCCGUACCAAUUACUAAUUAGAAUGUACUUUGAACAUUUUAACAGACAAAAGGUGACAGACAAUCAAAAAUAAUUUCGCCUAUAUUUGGAAAUCUUUUUUGUUCGGUAGAUUAAUAAUGUCCGUUACUAGCCCCCGUUACAGGGUCAUUGCACAUGCGCAUUAUGACUCGAAGCCCUGGUGGAAAUUUCAAGAGUUGUGUGGUCCCAGACAGAAUAGCUAUGCGAAUACUGUUAUAAUGCGCAUGUGUCAUGACCCUGCAACACUGAUUGGUUUAAGACGGUAUUAUUUCGAAACAAAGGACUGAAUGUUUCGUCUCCCAAACAAUUUUCUCCACCUUUUUAUCAAAAGCUUUCUAUAAUCUUGUCAUGAAAUAAUUUGUACAUGAUAAAUAACCUCGUUUUGAUUAUAGUUAAUUAUUUUGUAACCAGGGUAACCUGUCAAGGGGUUUGACGAGCACUAUCGUAAUGAGUAGUGAGAGAUCUAGUAAUGUACAAUCUGAUGAUAUGAAACUGUGAUUGGAAAAGCUCCGUUGUGAUUACUUUGUGAUUACCUCCAUUAUUUUCGCCACAGAUCUUGCUAUAAUCUUCUUCGAUUCAAAAUUUGACUGUGUUAAGAAGGGUUGUUGUAACUAAGUUGACUUGUGAUUCCUUAAAUUGUCCUAGUUGAAAUGCGUCAUCCUAUUCAUAAAAAAGGGCGGGUUGCAAAAAAUUGUUCCUCUUGAUUCCCAGUCCUCCCCAUUUUUUGGGAGUAAGCGCCGCCUCUGAACGGAUUCAGUUUUCCUUCUUAAACUUUGGUUGAAAACUACUCAGAAUGGCCUAAAUACUUUACUUGUAUAGUUGUUCCGAAUCCUUUUACAUUUGAUGACAGUGUUUUGCAAACUCCCACUUUAUAGCUUCUAUGAGGACACCGGGCCAAAUCUGCCAAAAAAAUGUAUGCAGCGAAAGAGCCUCAAGCGAAGCUUAAACGUGUUACGAAGAAAAUUUUAAUGAUGCUUUUCUCAUUUCAAAUUAAAUGCAAACAAUUUUUUUUCAUUUAUACAGAGCUGAAGUAUUCAGACAGUAACGAUUUUAUUAUGAAAAAAACAAGCUUUGGCUCCUGCUGAAUACUUUUAAAAAGAUUUCAAAAUAGCUGUUUGCUUCUAUCGUAGGGGGCACGGGGGCACAAGACCCCUGUUUGCAAAAAGUGUAAACAAGUGCCCCUUUUUGGAAAAUAUAUUGUGUGUUUUAUUCACUGCCAGAUAUUCUGCCUUUUGAAGCUAAGUAAAAUGAAAUAAAAUUUGCGUUGUUGGAGGACUAUUCACUGAAAUUUCCUUGAAGUUUUACUUGGCCCUGAUGCAAAAAGCGCAAGCUCCUGUGAUAACAAUAUCAAUAGCAAAGGAGACUGUCUUCAACAACAAACGAAUUAGUGAAAUGUCCGCGUCAAGUCUAAGGAGAGUUAAAAACUUGUUGUGUGCAUAAGACUGAGAAGAUAAUCCUAAUAAACAUUGCAAAUAAAUUUUGCUUUGGCAAUGAAGAACGUGCUCGUACCUUCAGCCGAUUGCUUGAAGAUUACUUGAACUUGAAAUUUUGUAGCUUUUAGAAAAUGUUUUAUAGAGGCAAAAAUAUUUAUGUUUCAAGUUUCAAGUUUCUAGUUUCAAGUGGCGAUGGAAA